AUGGACUAUGCGAAGGAGCAAAACAUCUUAAAUAUGGAGCAGAGAAACAGGAACCAGAAGAGAAGAAACAAUAACAUGGGAAAUAACAACUACAACUCUAAUUAUAGGAAAUAUAACAGUCAUGGUGGAAAUAAAAAUGGAGGAUAUAACCGUCAUAAUCAGCACACUGCCAAUCAUAAUAGACUUUAA